CAUCUGGAAGGUGGUGGAUUUCUAACAUUAGUUGGAAAUACCCUGAUGUUCCCUUUUUGGUUACUUCACAGGUUCAUCAGACUGUAUCAGCCUUAAAAACCAGUAACGUAAAUGUCGGUGGUCGGGUACAGGCAACUGCAUUUUUCUCUGGUGACCAGGUUUCCAGUGACAAGGAAGAGGAUUAUAUUCGUUAUGCACAUGGUCUGAUAUCUGAUUAUAUCCCUAAAGAAUUAAGUGAUGACUUAUCAAAAUAUUUAAAGCUUCCGAAACCUUCAGCGUCAUUGCCAAACCCUCCAUCAAAGAAAGUAAAGUUAUCUGAUGAGCCUGUAGAAGCAAAAGAAGAUUACACUAAGUUUAACAGGAAAGAUUGGAAGACUGAAAAGAAAAAUAGCAAAAUGACUGCAGCUCAGAAGGCUUUGGCUAAAGUUGACAAGAGUGGAAUGAAAAGUAUUGAUUCCUUUUUUGCUACAAAAAAUAAAAAAAAAAUUGGAAAGAUCUGAAACUUUGAAAAUGAAAUCUAGCAAGAAUAUUUGCCUGUUACAUGUUCCAUAUUUGUCCUUCCCCCACACCACUGUGCUUCCUGACCCUUAGUUACCAAAAAAAAAAAAGGAGGGCAAUUUGCAGAGUCGAACAUUUCUUGGUAUUUGAUUUUUGUGUUUCUGAACAAAAUGUAGGAAAGUCAUUGUGUAACUUUCAUGGCCUGUGGUCUUCAGACUCUUGUUUGGCAUCAUGAAAAGUAAUCAAGAGAAUAGAGUUAACCUCUAGCUAGCAUCCCAGUUUCCUCAAUAAACUGACAUGUGACAGUA